AUGUUGGCCUUUUUGUUGUAUACCACGUUAAUAUUGACAUUUCCGGCUGUUUCAUGUCAGUCAAUUAAUGGUAUGUGUUCAUAAAUAAAAAUUGUAUGGUAAUUUAAAACGACCAUGUCUUGUACUUAAGAAUGUUUAAACUUUGCUGUUUUUCAGUGCUGCCUAAAUAUACACCAGAAAAAAGGAUACCGUUGUUAGCGGCCGUUGAAAACCUCAUAGACGCUAUCAAAAAGACUGGUGUUCGAGACGAGGAUGAACUGAAAAAAAUCAAAGCCGUUAUCUUGAUUCAAGUGCUCGAUCUCUUGAGGCAGUACCCUUCCGAGACGAAUAACGAUGAUACCAUUACCAGUACAAUAUUGACGACUACCACCAGUACAUCGUUCGUCACCACCAAUAUACCGUGCGUCACUAUCAAUAUACCGAGUGUCACCUCCAGUACAAUGUGUGUCACUAUGACUCCGUCUGGGAACGAUCUCCGCCGCCGACGGUCGAUGUCCAAUGACCUACCAGCUUUCAGUGUGGAAGUUCAACCCGAUUUAGUCAAUCUGAUAAACGGAUACCGAGAUUAUUAA